AUGCUUGUCGUCCCCCACCACCUUACACAUCAGGACGGCCGACCCGACACAUUCAGCUACCGCAUCGGCCGACGUACCAGUCUCCAAACUCGACAUACUCCCGCCGGCCCAGAAAUCGCAGUCACCUUCUGGCAUGAGCUCCGAAGGGGAACGGACAUUUGGUACUCACCCACACCACGGGAAGCCCGUAGUCGACUCCGCCUAGUCCCCAUCGCAGGGUGCGCGAUUCUCACUGGCGACCUCCUCCGCACCAGCAGCACCCAACGCCACAAGUUCAUCCCAUGGACAGACACGACGUGGACAAUUCCGGGCACGCACCACACACACCGCGGCAACAACAACCGCGCCCUUAUUGCCUCUACCGCUAUGCACAGAACAGACCAGGCCCAGCUCCCACCCGCACACCACACUCCCCCACACGCCACACCUGCCUGUUCUGCCUGCCACCGAAUCGCGGACACUACUGUCUGUAUGGACUGUGGGCAAUGGCACCAUCCUGCCUGCAUGCCAUAUUGCCAGGUGGUCCUUACGCCACUCCACCCCUACGUACGGCCUCCACACCCUCCCCCUUCGUGCCGCACAGACGGCACUACCCUUACUGGGUAUAUUCGGAUACACCCAGACCACAUCACCCCCCACACGCUGCGAAGUCCACAGCCUCCUGGAAGGUCCCUCAAACACCGUGGGGGCCAUCCCCGCUACAGCAAUAUUUACCGAGUGGAACUCCGCUCGCUCAUGGCCCUACUCAACCCAGUGGGCACGUUUACUGGCGACUGGAUCCGCGCCCAUCAAGACAGCACAAGCAUUACGGACCCAGUCCUACGUGCUAAACAAGCCCUGCUUGCGGAAGCCGACUCGCUGGCCACACUAGCACACCAAUUACUCCCACACACCGACUAUGCCCACCACAUCAUUCCCGACUCCUGGGAACUCCGAGACCACCAGGACCUACCUGUCACAGGUGCAACUGCCCCCUGGCUUGGCGCCAUCUACAGUCGGCAUGACUGGCACGCAGCACAGUCCAGUAAACCGGACGCCCGACGCGCCAUCCAGCCCCUCCGCCUCAACACCGGAGACUUAUGCAAAUGGGACCUCCCCGCCCUCUUCUUCUACUGGCGGGCUAUCUGCUACACCCUCCACACUAACGUACGCAACACCGCAUUCAACCACGGUGGGACCCCCACUGCCGAACACCGCUUUGGACUCACGCAACGACUUCACUCACGCAAGAUCUCAUCCUCGCCACACAAGCCGUCAUACUCACAGCAUGGCUCCCAGACCAAGAUAUCUACCUCCCUGGCCACUGCACUGCUAGCGCGAGUACCUUCACUGGCUUGA